AUGAACUUGAUCAAAUUAUUAUCAGCUGUUUCCCUUUUUUCAGUCAUCAAGAGUGAAAUUAUCGAUGUUGGUGGAUUAAAGGUCGAUAUUGAUUACUCAAUUGAAGAAUUCGAAUCAUCAACUGGUGUUUUAGAAUUAUUCAACAGUGACACUAUCACCUUAGUCUACAAUGUGGAAAAUGACGCUGAUAGUGAACACCCAUUAAGUAUCAUCGGUGUUUCUGGUACUUUCAAUGACCCAGCUUCCAACGAUAUUGUUUCCAACAUCACCACUGGAUCUGUUGGUCCAAUCACCUUAGAAAACGGUCAAAGUCAACAAUUCAAACAAGCCAUUAACUUGAAUUUAGUUCCAAACAACUAUAUUUUGAAACCAAUUGUCUAUAUGGCCGUUGAUAACCAAAUUGUUCCAGUUACUGUUAAACCAUUAUUAGCCAAUGUUUCAGAUAUUCCAAUUUCCUUAUUCAACCCUCAAUUAUUAUUCUUAGAAUUAGUCUUGAUUGUUACCAUUGGGGUUGUUGGUUUAGUCUUAUAUGAUUUAUUCGGUAAAAACUACUUCAACAAUAUUGUUCCUAAGAAAACUGUUAAGAAAGAUUCAGUCCCAGUUGAAAGUAGUAAAGGUUACGAUUCAUCAUGGAUUCCAAAACACCACAUCAAAAAAACUACAUAG